AUGGCCAGACGAGCUCUGUGGCAUAGCAUCUACCAGCUUAGUAAGCUCCCUUCCCCAUGGCUUCUUUUGGGGGAUUUCAACUAUGUACUUUCAGCUGCUGAGAAGGAGAAUGGUCGGCCUAUCUCAGACUAUGAUACUAGAGAUAUGGGUGAAUGCUUCUUCAACUCUAGUCUAUCUGAUCUGAGAUCAUCAGAGUGUUUCCUUACAUGGACAAAUGGUACGAUUUGGAGCAAAUUGGAUAGAGUGAUUGCUAAUCAGAGAUGGAUUCUGGAGGGUCGAAGUGCUAAGGUUGAAUUCCUUUUCCCUGGGAUUCUCUCUGACCACUCGGUGUGCCUCAUUUCACUGUUUGAAGAGGGGUGUCUGGGAAGGCGAUCUUUUAAAUUUUUCAACUUGUGGACUCUAAACCAUAAUUCUCUAGCCAUUAUUAAACAAGCUAGAGCAGAGAAGGCAGGUAAGGAAGUGAUCGAGAUACAACAGAAACUGCACAACAAUCCCUUGGAUGGUGACCUGCAAUUGCUUCUGAAUGAAAAAAAAUAUGAAGCUGUUAGACUUGCAGAAGCCAAUAGAAUGUCCAUCUCUCAGAUUGCCAAAAGUAGAUACUUAAAGGAAAGUGACAAAGGCACUACUUUCUUCCAUAGUCUGAUGAGAAGUCGAAGGAAUAGGAAUUACAUCUCAACGGUUACCAAAUUAAAUAGGGAUCAGACCAGGUCCCAAGCUCAGGAGGAGAUUAAGAUGGCCCUUUUCAGUAUCAGGGAUAGCAAAUCCCCUGCUCCUGAUGGCUUCAGCAUGCUUCUUCAAAAAAUCUUGGAACAUAGUGGGGAAUGA